AUGAGACUGUUUGUGGAAUCCAUCCUAGUCUUAGACAACUCUUCUUUGUCACUUAAAUAUCAUAUAAAGGUCAAUGGAGAGUGCACUGGAAUUUCUUUAACUUGUGACAAAACAGAAGAGAAGAAUAUAUAUAGUGUUGACUAUGAUGGAUUAACUACAUUUCACAUAAUUGAAGCAGAAUAUAGUGACUAUCUUAUAUUUUAUGUCUUGAAUUUCGACAAUGAGAUAGAAACUCAACUGCUGGAGCUCUACGCCCGAAAACCAGAUGUGGGUCAAAAACUCAAGGACGAGUUUAGUGAACUUUGCCAAUAUUAUGGAAUUCCUGAGGAAAACAUACUGGACCUGACCAAAACUGAUCGCUGUCUCCAGGCCCGAGGGAGCCAUGUGGCCCAGGACUCCAGGUGGGUGAUGUCUGACAGAGAGGGGGUGCCAGGGAUCACUGCCUUCCAACACCAUUAG